GCCAGCUCGCCUCCUCUUCCAAUGUUUCACUGGGGCAAGUGGAAGAAAAGGAUGGGAGCGACCACUUCUUCUUCCAAGAGACCAGUGUUCGAUGAGAAGGAGGAUGUGAAUUUUGACCACUUCCAGAUACUCCGAGCAAUCGGGAAGGGAAGCUUUGGCAAGGUGUGUAUUGUACAAAAGAGAGAUACAGAGAAGAUGUAUGCCAUGAAGUACAUGAACAAACAACAAUGCAUCGAAAGAGAUGAGGUUCGAAACGUGUUUAGAGAAUUAGAGAUCCUGCAGGAAAUUGAGCAUGUAUUCUUGGUGAAUCUCUGGUACUCUUUUCAGGAUGAAGAAGACAUGUUUAUGGUAGUGGAUUUACUCCUAGGUGGUGAUCUACGGUAUCAUCUACAGCAAAAUGUUCAAUUCACAGAGGAAACAGUGAAGCUUUAUAUUUGUGAGAUGGCACUAGCUCUAGACUAUUUACGAAGUCAGCAUAUUAUUCACAGAGAUGUAAAACCAGACAACAUUCUCCUAGAUGAGCAAGGUCAUGCACACCUAACAGAUUUUAAUAUUGCAACAAUAAUCAGAGAUGGUGAAAAAGCAACUGCGUUAGCUGGAACCAAACCAUAUAUGGCUCCAGAGAUUUUUCACUCUUUUCUGAAUGGUGGGACAGGCUACUCCUUUGAAGUUGAUUGGUGGUCUUUAGGAGUGAUGGCUUACGAACUUCUUCGUGGAUGGAGACCCUACGACAUCCACUCCAGUAACCCGGUAGAGUCUUUAAUUCAGCUGUUUAGUACUGUAAGUGUGCAGUAUUCAUCAGUAUGGUCAAAAGAAAUUGUUGCUUUAUUGAGAAAGCUAUUGACAGUGAACCCUGAGCAUCGAUUUUCCAGCCUCACGGACGUUCAAACUUCAGCUUACUUAUCAAAUGUCAUCUGGGAUGAUGUCUGUGAGAAGAAGGUGGAGCCAGGCUUUGUUCCUAAUAAAGGCCGUCUGCAUUGCGAUCCCACCUUUGAGCUAGAAGAAAUGAUCCUGGAGUCAAGACCCUUGCAUAAAAAGAAGAAAAGACUCGCAAAAAACAAGUCCAGGGACAACAGCAAGGACAGCUCACAGUCAGAAAAUGACUAUCUCCAGGAAUGUCUCGAAGCAAUCCAGCAAGACUUUGUCAUUUUUAACAGAGAGAAGUUGAAGAGGAGUCAAGAUCAAAUGAAUGAAUCUAUUUCUCCUCCUGAAACUACAGAUGAAGCCGAGACAGAAGCCGAAUCUGAGAAUUCCAAUUUAAAUAUGUGUAGCUCCGUAUGUUCUUCUACAGGCAGCAGCUAG